AUGGAGUAUCCUUCCCUCAAUCUCCACACGGCCCUGGAAUUGGUGACAGAUGAGAAAGACGUACAUCCUGUCACUCUAAUCUCCAGAGCGGGUUGGGACAUUCCGAAGAGUUGGCUCAAUAAGCGUACAGAAGAAUUCUUUAACAUGAUUCAUCGUUGGUAUCAAGUAUACAAUGACUAUCCAAGAGUAAGACGUAAAAUUGAUUCCAUGAGACAAACACUUAUCACCUUGUGCUCAUUUACAAACCCAGUUCCGAGCCAAUCUAUUGCUGAUUUGAAUGAUAGUGCAUGGGAGUUUCAGGGAAUUAGUUUAUUCUUAAAUCAAGUAUUAGAUCUUCGAAAAAAACAAUUAGCUAUUUUUGCAGAAUAUGUUCCUCUGGAAACGUGUGAACCUGCAAUGAAAAUGCAAAAUUUGUUGCAAGAAAUUUCUAAUGAAUUCGAAAAAGAUAUUUGCAUUGCAAUGCUGUACAAUGUUGCAGAUUCUAAAAUGGGAACCUACAUCCAUGAGUUGGCAGUUUUGGUGAAACAGUUGGAAUAUUUCUUGAUCGAGAAAGAUGUGAGCACCACUGUAUUGAGACCAAAUGAAUGGUAUUCUGAAGAUAUUGUUGAAGUGUACGACAUUAAGGACGAAGACUUUAUUGAAAUUGAUGUUGGAGACGAUGACAAAUUGUCAAACGAACUUGAUGAAGAGAUGUUGGACAAUGAAGAGUUGGAGGAUUAA